AUGUCUGCCCUCAUGAGCACCAUCGAAGGCCUGGCAAACACAGUCACGACAAAAGCCAUGGCCAUAGUCGACUCGGUCUUUCCGCCAGAACGGCGUCAGGAGCUUCUGACCAAGCUGCAGCAGUUUGCCAUCAAGAACCCAAAGCUGUCGGCCUUCCUCCUCACCAACAUUGCCCUGACGGGCCCGCCCAUGUUCUUGUUCAUCCUCUUCACCCUGACCGUCUUCAUCUUUUCGCUCGUCGUCGCCCUGCUGGUCGGCCUGCUUGUAGCCAUCGGCUUCACCCUCUUCAUGGUGAUUGUCGCGCUGGUGAUUCUGUUCCCCACCGUCUUCUUCACCAGCCUCGCGGCAUGCUUCUUCUUCCUUUGGGGCCUAGGUGGAUACUACCUUCUCAAGUGGUUCAACAAGGGCGAGAGUCCUGCUGCAGAGGGAGAUGCUAUCGGUGACAAGAUCAAUGCUCUUACUGGAGGAAGACUCGACUUCAUCAUGGGUGGCGCUCGUCAGGAGCAGUCGGAGCACUCCGGUCAGAAUGGCAACAAGGAUGAGGGAAGUCCCAAGACGAAUGGCAAGCCCAGGAAGCUGCAAGACAACCCGGCAAAGUCUAGUGGAGUCGACUUCGGCAAGCAAGCGGAUUCGAUCAAGAAGAAUGCCAACGUGGGUAAUGUCACCAACAAGGCGACGAAGCAGGCUAAUCUGGAUGGAGUGACCAAGCAGGCGGGAUUGAACGAUGUGACCAAGAAGACGGAUGGAGUGACGGGCACGGCAAAGGGACUUGCAGGGGGAGCGACUGGCGGACUUGUGUAG